AUGGUAGCUGGAAGUACGGCAGAGGGAAUAAGUCAACCUUAUUCUCGGGACAGUGACAUAGACAUUAUGACCGUAUUAACAAACAUGAUAAUCUAUGAGAAUUUUCCUGAUACAAAAUCCUUUAAAAAAGGUGGUUAUGUGCUUCAGAUGGAACGUGACAAAGUUGUUCCAGGAUAUACAAUGAUUAAGUGUAUAGGUAUGAAAAGCCGAAAUAUGCCUUACAUCAGUCAAAUAGCAAAACUUAAAAACAUUAAACUAUUUGAAAAAGACGGCUGUUAUUUUCUUCGACAUUGUUGCGAUGUUCAUAAUUUUACAGAUCUCCGCAAUUCACAAACAUACAGUCAAACGAAAAGAAGAAGAAAUGGAGAUCACGAAAAUUUUGAGAUGCAUUCGUCCGGACCAGCCUUUAACGUCAACUGCGAAACCUCAAAGUCAAAACUUAAACUUAACUUUGAUUAUGUCACUGCGAUUCCAUGUUUUUGUUUAAGUCAUAUUCAAAACUGGACACAUCGCACUAGACACUACGGAUGGCCAGACAAAAAACUCACCUCUAAAUUAAAGAAUGAAAUUGGCUAUGUUGUGCCUGUAGGUUUCAAAGGAAGUAGGAAUUUCGAAUUGGAAUGGAGGAUUUGCUAUACUGGAAUUGAGAUCAAUCUCAUUCACUCUUUGAAUGAAACACAGAUUAAAAUGUGUGUUCUUCUGAAAAUGGUUGCAAAAGCUAUCCUAAAACCAGUUUGUAAAGACAUAACAUCAUACGUGAUUAAAAAUUUAGUACUUUGGAUCGUUGAAAGGAAUGCGAACGAAAUAUUUACGCCAGAAAAUCUUACAAGUUUGGUCAUGCUUGGACUUCGAUCACUCCGAAAUAAAGUUAACUUAAGGUUGUUUGGGAGUUACAUGAUUCCUGAAAGAAAUCUCUUUGCAGGAAAGAUAACCGAAAAUGAAAAGGCGGAAAUGGUACGCUUGCUCGAUGAAAUGCUUGAAGAAGGUCCAAUGUUUUUGAUAAAAUUCAAAGAGCUCAAUGUAUUGAACAAAGCUAUUAAUGAAACCAUGAAUAAACCUUUACUAGCUAAAUAG